GAUUAUUUUCUCUUAUUUUUGCGUGUAACAAAAUAGACAUUAAUUAAUUUGUUUGAAUGUGAAAGAAAAGCUGUUCUCCUUAAUGCAGUAUGAAUAGUGGAUUGUAAGAAACCUUUCAAAAUGUAAACAUUUAAGAAUAGCAGGGAGUAUGUCUUGAAAUCUGACAUCCACUUGUGUAUUACCUAUUUUGUCUUAUCACAACUAUGAAAUGACUUCCGCUCAGGAUCAACAAGUUAUUAAUCUCAAUAACGAAACAAAUGAUAGCAGUUAUGCAAUACACCCAAUCGUUAUUGAUAACCAAGCAUUGUCAAACUAUGUAACAGCUAGUGAACUGCAAAAUACACAAUGGACAUCAUGGUUAGGCAUAACAGUUGUUUCACUUACACUGAUAAUAACCUGGAUUCUGCACAUUUCAAUGAUUGUAUCCAUCAGUAGAAGUAUGAUUAUGAAGCAUAUCACAUACUUUUAUAUCAGUUCACUUGGAUUUGUUAUAAUGUUACAUUCGAUGUUAAAUUUCCCUGUUAAUAUCAUUAGUAAUUUGAUUGGUGACAAUGAAUACAUCGAAAAUUUCUGCUGCAUAUCCAUUGCUGCUGAGACAACUGUUUGCCAUGCAAUAUUAUUGCACCUCUUAGGAUCUAGUUUGGAUACGUAUUUUCGUCUAACAAAGCCAAGAUGGUUUACCUCCACCAAAAAUGCAUCAGGUAAACAUGGAUUGACAAUACAACUGAAAAUAGCUGCACCAUGGAUAGUAAGUAUACUGCAAACUGGUGCCCAGAUUAUUUUAAGUGAUCCGUUUCCACCUGCAUAUUUGGAAGACGGCAGAUUCUGUACAUCACCAGAUAUUAAUUUUCUUAUUCUACGCACAUUAGUAGCAUUUCUGCUACCCUUGUUAACAAGCAUCGUAAUUCUUUUUAUGAGUGCUCAUCAAAUACAAAAAUUGCAGAGACAGCAACAUUUAACACAGUGUCAUAGUGGUACUCAAUUCUCUGAUUGUCAGGUGAAGAAGAGUAAGAAUGUCAAUGUUUCACAAAAAAAUAAAUCCACCUGUUGCCUUAUUACUUUUUGUAUUGAUAGUUGUUGUAAAUCUGUUAAACAAGAAGAAACAGAAAUAAUUCCAUUUUCAUUCUCCAAUCAGCAUUGUUGUUAUGAUUACAAAAAAACUUGUGAUUCACUGAAUAAAUGUGAAACAUUUCAGACUGAAUACAAAAAUCUGCAUGAAAUUCAUGAUAAUAAACUAGUAGAAAGUCGAUGUUCACGGGUCGAAACAAAUUUUACAGCAGCAAAUUAUGAGAUGGCGUAUACAAUAGUGAAUGAUAUUUCCUCUGUCAAUACUGAGUGUUCUCCAGAAGGACGUCAAAAAUCUUCUUCACAUAUUGAUCACCAAUCGCCUAUACCACUAAGAUUACCAUCAUCCUCCGCAAUAACGAAUUUCCAAUAUCAACAAGGAUCAAGUUCUUCUGAUGCUGGAAUUUCGAGUCAAACAACAGAAGAUACUGAUGAAUUCACAAAUCAUAACUGGUUGACGUAUAAGGGGAAUCAUUGUUGUAGUAAUGAUAAUAAUUCACCAAAUAUCAAUAGUGACGUUCAAAAUCCAUGGGAAAUCUUAAACAAUGAACAUUUAACUGAAACACUGAAUGGUAAUAAUCCUUACCAAAAACUAGUUAAACACUUUUGUCCACAACAUGGUCAAGUUAUGAUACCAGAACAUGUUUAUAAACCUGUACUAUCAGUUGUUCAGGAGGUUGAUAUGGGACAGUGUGGUAACCAAGGAACACAAGAUUUGCCAUCUCAAGGUGGUGUUACAAUUUCACCAAGUCAACAAGACAAAAAUUUACCAGUGCAUGCUGACAAUAUUCCUCUAUCACUGCCAAAAAGUACAACGUUUUCAUCACCAGUCACUGCUCAUAUUAUUUUCAAUCAAUUGUGUAAUUUAGAGAGGGAUAACAAUUUACUCAAAGAAUUAUCUAAGCAAAACAAUGCUUUACCCCACUAUCAUUCUAAGGACAGAAGACAAGGACUUCAACAAGAUCAGCCUAAAAGUGGUUUCCGAUCAAGAGAAACGUCUGAGCAACUCCCUGAACAGAAAUCAGUGAAGCUUAAUAUGAUUUUAUGUGCGAUUACCAUAGCUAUGUGGUCGCCAUUUAUUACUGCAUCUCUUAGUCAUUUAUUGUUAAGUAACUCAAGUUAUUUCCAUCUCUUAUCUGUUGGAACACUGAUACAAUUUAAAUGGUUAGCUUAUAUGAGUUCUGUUGCCUACCCUGUGGGAUUUUUACUUGUCGAUUCACAAUUGUGCAAAGCAACUUUCUCACAAAUCUACUGCAGAAAGUUAUAAAAAUACACCAAACACUUCUAAACUACUUACUUACAUUUCAGUAGUAUACCAUCGUUGAUACGUAAAACGGGUUGAAGGAGAUUGGAACUGAGUUGAAGAUAUGACAGUAACGCUUUUCAUCUAGCACUUUAUGAGAGUUAAAUAAAAUAAAACUUACACAACAAUGCCUCCUUACGUGUUUAAUAAUCAUACACUUGUAACGAAAAUUAUUUUUUGUCCCCAUUCUGCAUUUCGUUAUUCAUGAUACAAAACAUGUAAUUUCUGUAGUACACAUUACCAUAUGCAUAUAAAUGUAUAUAUGAUGAU